AUGUCUCCAGUGAUGCCAGCACGAAUUAUGAUUCCAGAAUUACAACAACUUAUCAUAUACUUCUCGAAAAACACUUAUAGAGCCAAAGAAGCAGACAGUAUGAGUCAAGAUAUCAUCCAAAAAUGUCUGAGUCUCAUUGAUGUAGAUUAUAAAUAUUCUAUCAUAUGUAACACUACAGGUGAUCUCUGUGCACACUAUCCUAGCCAUCUUAUCAUUUUAGAGAAGGAGAAAAUCGACAAAUAUAGGGACUCAAAUGUUAUUGAUGUCCCACCAUCACCACUAUGCACAGAAGAAGAUAUAAGAAAUAAACAGGAAAACAUAAAUAAACUGAAGGAAUUGAUGAAAAAUGCUAGAUUUGCCAGAUGUCGUUCAAGAUUUCCACUGCCGGUAAUAAUGUAUAAAGGUAGACAUGUAUGCAGAUCGGCUACUUUAUCUGGUGGACCAGAAAUUUAUGGUAGAACUGGGCUAGAUUAUUUCUUUGCUAGUGAAACUAGCGAAACUACCGAAACUAGUGAAACUAGCGAAGCUAGCAAAACUACUGGCAAAACUAGCGAAGCUGGCAAAACUAGCGAAGUUGGCAAAACUAGCGAAACUAAUACUGAGCAAGAAGUAGAUAAAAUUGAUUUGCCUGAGAGUGAUUCUCUAGUUAGUGACUGGCAAUUGUUUGAUAAAGUUAGAAGCCAGGACAUCAAACUUCUGAAAACUCUUAAUGUAGGAAUUAUUAUUGAUUUUAUGGUUGAGAAUAAGAAGGUCAAAUAUGGAAUGAACGUGUCAUCCUCGGAGAAAGUAGACAAAUUGGGAAGAUAUUCCAACUUUGCCAUAAUUUCACUGCCGUAUCCUGGAUGUGAAUUCUUUAAAGGGUUUAGAGAAAAUGACUAUGUCGCUGACAAUUUGAUAUUUGAUUGGUCUCAGGCCUAUGUAAACGCGCAAAUCAAAGUGCCAGAAGAUACAAUUUCUUCUCAGUUACAAAUCGAUUGGGAUCGUUAUCAACAGUGGGAUCUACUUAUAUUAACUCAAAAUUAUUUAAAACUCAUAUUAAAGUAUUUGAGUGAGAGUAGUAAUGGAAUGUUAAUUCAUUGUAUCUCAGGAUGGGAUCGUACACCUUUAUUUAUUUCAUUAUUAAGACUCAGCUUGUGGGCUGAUAAUGUAAUUCACACUUCAUUGGAUGCGCACCAGAUGCUUUAUUAUACCAUUGCAUAUGAUUGGAUGCUGUUUGGCCAUGAUUUACAGGAUCGACUAAGCAAAGGAGAAGAAAUUUUCUUCUUUUGCUUUUAUUUUUUAAAAUACAUUUGUGAUGAAGACUUUAGCAUCAAGCAAGACUUUAGCAUCAAGCGUGAUAGCAACUCACGCUCGUCUGAUAAUGACGAGAUGGAGCAUCUAAUAUUUCAUAUGGAUUCGACGACAGAAGACCCAAGUAUUAGUGCGAAUGGUUCUGAUAUGAAGAGAACUAGCAGAGCUAGCAGAGGUGGUAAAGAUAGCCAAAAUGGAUAUUCAUCAUCGGAAUUAAUUUGGACUAAUUCCCCUUCAGAAACUAAAAAAUUUAGUAAUAGUGAUUCGCAGAUAGAGGAGCCCAUAUUUGAUAUGGACCCGAUGACAGAGGAACCAAGUAUUAGUGCAAGUAGUUUUAAUAGUAACAGAAAUAGCAGAAAUGACAAAGAUAAAUCACCAUCGAAAAUAAUUUUGACUAAUUCUCCCCUAGCAACUGAAGAAUUUAGUAAUAAAAAGGCGCCAUCAUUGCCAUCUUCUCCGAACAAAGAAGAAACUGCUCACAAAUCUGUGCCACGUGGUCAAACUUCUCCCGUCGCAUUAGUUGGACGUCGACAACGAACCGAAUCCACCUCGUCUAUUGACUCAUGGCAGAUAGUUACCGGAACCGGAAGUUUACACGGUUCUACGACUGCUAAUGCACCGCUUAUAGAACAACUGACAUCUAAUUCAAGUAAUGAGCCCUCCGAAUCUAUUACUGAUAUGAGCAAAACGCUUACCGAGCAUGACGUAUAUUCGUCGAUAACACACUCCCGCAAAGACAAGUUAUGUUUUUUAAGAAAUGUAUUUUACACCGCUUAUAGUCAAACUGGAUUUCGAAUGAAAGAAAAUUCCGAACCAAGUAACAUUAGCCAGAUAAUUGAAAACAUUACCGGAAUAUUUUCGUCAACACAGACAACCUUAUGACUGUAACAUUAUUAAUAUCUCUUCCCUCUCCUUCUCCUUUCUUCCUAUCUUCGCAAUUAUGAAUUUAUUGUUAUCAAUUUCUUGACUCAAUUUAGGAUUUUAUAAAAAGCGCUAUACAAUGAAAAUAAAACAAUUGUACAUUGUCGUUUAUGUGAAUAAUGCGUUGUUAUACAGAAAAGAAAAGGAAUAGAGUGUAUGCGUAUAAUAUGAAUAAAGAUUUGAUAUUUUUGUAUAUAUAUAUAUAUAUA